AAAAUGGCGGCCGCAGAGGAAGAGGUGCUGAGGCGGAGGUGAGGCUCCGACGGUGUCGAGCGCCCGCAGCCGCGCCCGCCCCGCUGUCGCGUCUUCCUUGACACUGAGUAGUAUGGACUGGUGCCCAGAAAUCUUUUAGUAGGUGUGAUGGGGAGAGUGGAUUCUGCAUGCACUUACUUACUGUCAUCUUCAAGGUUGACAAAGGCGGGUUCCUGGAAACAUGAUUGCUCAUCAGUCUUGAUCUCGCAGUUUAGCAAAGGACUCCUCCUCCAAUAAUGUCAAGCUCAGGCUACCCUCCUAACCAAGGAGCGUUUAGCACAGAACAGAACCGUUACCCGGCACACUCGGUCCAGUACACGUUCCCCGGCAGCCGACACCAACAGGAGUUUGCUGUACCUGAUUUUCGCACUUCUCACUUGGAAGUUAGCCAGGCAACCCAACUUCUGCAGCAGCAGCAGCAGCAACUCCGGCGGAGACCUUCCUUGCUUUCUGAAUUUCACCCUGGUUCAGAUAGGCCUCAGGAAAGGAGGUCGGGCUAUGAGCCACAGUUUCACCCUGGCCCAUCACAAGCCGAUCAUGACUCCCUGGAGUCAAAGAGGCCGCGUCUGGACCAAAUUUCCGAUGCCUCCUUCCAGCGGGUCAGUGCUUCCACGGUCCUGCCCUUGGUCCACCCAUUGCAAGAGGGGUUACGAUCAGCAGACAUAAAGAAGGAGCCAGCUUUUGGAGGAAAGCAUGAAGGGCCACCGUCACCGAUGUCAAGUCAGUCGUGCGGAGAAGACCAGAACGCUUCUCCCUCCAAGCUGUCAAAGGAAGAGCUGAUCCAGAGCAUGGAUCGGGUGGACCGGGAGAUUGCCAAAGUGGAACAGCAGAUCCUCAAGCUGAAGAAGAAGCAACAACAACUUGAAGAAGAAGCUGCUAAACCCCCAGAGCCAGAGAGGCCAGUCUCUCCUCCUCCUGUGGAACAGAAACAUCGCAGUAUCGUCCAGAUUAUUUAUGAUGAGAAUCGGAAAAAAGCUGAGGAAGCUCAUCGGAUCUUUGAAGGCCUCGGUCCCAAAGUUGAACUGCCACUGUAUAAUCAGCCAUCAGACACGAAGGUGUACCAUGAAAACAUCAAAACAAACCAAGUCAUGAGAAAGAAGCUGAUUUUGUUUUUUAAGAGGAGGAAUCAUGCCAGGAAACAAAGGGAGCAGAAGAUCUGCCAACGUUACGAUCAGCUGAUGGAAGCAUGGGAGAAAAAAGUCGACAGGAUAGAAAACAACCCCCGUAGGAAGGCCAAGGAGAGCAAGACGCGGGAAUAUUAUGAGAAACAGUUCCCCGAAAUCCGGAAGCAGCGCGAGCAGCAGGAACGAUUUCAAAGGGUUGGUCAAAGAGGGGCUGGCCUUUCGGCAACCAUUGCUCGAAGUGAGCAUGAAAUCUCGGAAAUAAUUGAUGGCCUUUCAGAGCAGGAGAAUAACGAGAAACAAAUGCGCCAGCUCUCCGUCAUUCCUCCCAUGAUGUUUGAUGCGGAACAGAGGCGCGUGAAGUUUAUUAACAUGAACGGCCUGAUGGAAGACCCCAUGAAGGUGUACAAGGACCGGCAGUUCAUGAACGUCUGGACCGACCACGAAAAGGAGAUCUUCAAAGAAAAGUUUGUCCAGCACCCCAAGAACUUUGGCCUAAUUGCUUCUUACUUAGAAAGAAAGAAUGUUCCAGACUGUGUUUUAUACUACUACUUGACCAAGAAAAAUGAAAACUACAAAGCUCUGGUGCGAAGGAACUAUGGCAAACGGCGAGGGAGAAACCAGCAACAGAUUUCACGUCCUUCCCAAGAAGAAAAAGUCGAAGAAAAAAUAGAGGAGGAGAAGGCGGAAAAAACCGAGAAAAAGGAGGAGGAAAAGAGAGAUGAAGACGAAAAAGAUGAAAAAGAAGAAUCCAAGGAGAACAUCAAGGAGAAGGACAAGAUUGAAGCAGCCCCCGAAGAGCCUGAGGAAAGGGAGCAGACCGCUCCGAGGGGCCGGAAGACUGCCAACAGCCAAGGCCGGCGGAAGGGCCGGAUCACCAGAUCAAUGACAAACGAAGCCGCGGCAGCAAAUGCCGCAGCCGCGGCCGCUACUGAAGAGCCGCCACCUUCGUUGCCUCCCCCUCCAGAACCUUCUUUGGCAGAGCCGGUGGAAACCUCCCGCUGGACAGAAGAAGAGAUGGAAAUUGCGAAGAAAGGGUUAGUGGAACAUGGGCGAAACUGGGCGGCCAUAGCCAAAAUGGUGGCAACGAAGAGCGAGGCCCAGUGUAAGAACUUCUAUUUCAACUAUAAAAGGAGGCACAACCUUGACAGUCUUCUUCAGCAAUACAAGCAGAAAUCUUCUCGAAGGCCUCGCGAGGAGCGUGAAGUGUCUCAGUGCGAGAGCGUGGCCUCGACUGUCUCUGCCCAAGAGGAUGAAGACAUCGAGGCAUCCAAUGAAGAAGAGAACCCGGAAGACAGCGAAGGUGCCGAAAAUAGCUCGGAUACUGAAAGUGCUCCCUCACCUUCCCUGGUGGAAGCUGCCAAGCCCUCGGAAGAUGGCCUGGCCGAGAACGGCUCUUCCAGGAUAACCACUGAGGCAGCGAUUGAACAGGAGUCGGCCAUUAAAGCCACCCCGGUGGCAUCCCCUCCCUUGCCAGCUCAGAGUAUUAAGACGGCGGAAGAUGAGAACGUUGAGCUGCAGGUGAAAGAGGAAGCCACGACUGAGGGGGAGGAAUCCAUGGAGGUGGAGAAUCGCAGCCAGCCAAUCGAUACCAAGCCCAUGCUCAACCUCGUUGUACACACCAAAGUGGAGCCCAUCGAGGCUGAAGCGAGGCUUCCGGAAGACGUCCAGGUGAAGAUGGAGAUUGAUGCCAAAGAAAGGGACGGGGGCAAGCCUAAAGAGAAGCUGGAGCCGGAAGACAUGGACUUCGGUCCUGCCCAGCAGGCCAGUGCCCAGCGGAUGGAACCCAACUCAGACAACGAUUCCAGCGCCACCUGCAGUGCCGAUGAGGAAGUGGAUGGAGAACCCGAGAGGCAGAGAAUGUACACCAUGGACUCAAAGCCUUCCCUGCUGAACCCGACGGGGGCCCUGCUAGUGUCCUCCACCAUCAAGCAAGGGCAGAUGGACCUGCAGCAGCUUCAGCAUCGGGCCGCCAUAAUUCCACCCAUGGUCUCUUCUACGUUGCAAGGGCUGCCGCAGGGGAUCCCGAUGAGCGGCUACACGCUCUUGCAUCAGCACAUCAAGGCCGUGCACAAGUCCACCAUGCUGGAGGACCAGCAGCGCCAGCGGCAAGACCAAAUGGACGUGGAUUGCCGGAGAUCUGCCAGCCCCUGUGGCACAUCCAAGAGCCCCAAUGUAGAGUGGGACGGGAAACCAGUUGCCUACAUGCCUUACACUGACGUAAAGCGUGCCAUGGAACAAGAAGCGCAGAUGCAGAACGCGAUGGUCAGAUCUGCCUCACCCUAUCGCCUGUCUCCGAGGGAGGUCAGCAAAGCCUCUCCACAGCCCGAUUUGAAUGCCGCUCGCUACAGUGUUCCACCAGUUCUUCAACCAGCUCCUCAUCAAGUAAUAACCAGCCUACCUGAAGGGGUCCGUCCCCCAACAACGCGGCCCACCAGACCUCCACCCCCGCUGAUUCCAUCUUCCAAAACAGUGAUGCCGUCAGAGAAACCAUCUUUCAUUAUGGGAGGCUCCAUCUCACAAGGCACACCUGGAACUUACUUAACAUCCCACAGUCAGUCGCCUUACGGCCAAGAGCCACCAAAGCCAUCCGUGGGUUCCAUAUCGCUAGGCCUGCCGCGGCCCCAGGAGUCUGCCAAAGCAGCAUCCAUGCCGUACAUCAAGCAAGAAGAAUUCUCUCCCAGGAGCCAGAACUCCCAACCCGAGGGCCUGUUAGUCAGGGCCCAACAUGAAGGUGUGGUUCGAGGUACGACAACCACCAUCCAAGAAGGAAGCAUAACGCGAGGGACUCCAGCCAGCAAAGUUUCCGUUGAAACGAUGCCUUCCCUGCGAGGCUCCAUCACUCAGGGGACACCCGCUCUGUCUCAGUCCGGGAUCGCAGCUGAUGUAUUGUUGAAAGGAACCAUUACCCGGCUGGCCACGGAGGACAGCAGUCCUGAGAAAUGCAGGGAAGAGGCAGCGGCGGCCAAAGGCCAUGUCAUUUACGAAGGCAAGAGCGGUCACAUCAUAACCUAUGAUGCCAUUAAGAACGUCCGGGAGGGAACCCGGAGUCCAAGAACUGCUCACGAAAUGGGCCUGAAGAGGUCUUACGAUUCCAUGGAAGGAAACAUCAAGCAAGGGAUGUCGAUGAGAGAAUCUCCCGUCUCUGCGCCACUAGAAGGAUUAAUCUGCCGUGCUCUUCCUCGGGGAAGCCCUCACUCGGAGCUGAAAGAGAGGACUGUGCUAUCCGGCUCCAUAAUGCAAGGUACUCCAAGAGCUACAGCUGAGAACUACGAAGAAGGUCUCAAGUACCCCAAGAUGAUUAAGAAGGAGUCUCCACCCACACGGAGCUUUGAAGGUGCCAUUACCAAGGGAAAGCCGUACGACGGGGUCACCACCAUUAAAGAAAUGGGGCGCUCCAUCCACGAAAUCCCACGGCAGGACCUGCUGAGCCAGGAAAGCCGCAAGACCCCAGAGAUAGUCCAGAGUGCUCGGCCUAUCAUAGAGGGUUCCAUUUCUCAGGGCACGCCCAUAAAGUACGAAAGCAGCUCAGGCCAGUCCGCCAUCAAGCACAAUGUCAAGUCCUUGAUCACCGGGCCGAGCAAGCUCCCCCGAGGCAUGCCGCAGCUGGAGAUGGUGUCCGAGAGCAUGAAGGUCGUGGAGCGAGGGAAGUACGAGGACACCAAGCCCGGGGAGGUCCGUUCCCGCCACACCUCCGUGGUUAGUUCUGGGCCCUCGGUCCUCCGGUCGACUCUCCACGAAGCUCCCAAGUCGCAAGUGAGCCCCGGCAUCUACGAAGACAGCAACGCGAGGAGGACCCCUGUGAACUACCCAAGCAUGUCCCGGACAUCACCCAUGAUGAACAGAGUCUCAGAAGCCAGCAUAUCUUCUGGGAAGGCUGCAAACCACGAGAGGAAAUCCACUCUUACCCCGACUCAGAGGGAAAGCGUGUCAUCAAAAUCGCCAGUCCCGGGGGUGGAUCCUGUGGCCGCUCACAGCCCCUUCGACCCCCACCACAGAGGCGCUACUCCUGAGGUCUACAGGAGCCACCUCCCUUCGCACCUGGACCCUGCUAUGCAGUUCCAUAGAGCUCUGGAUCCUGCUGCUGCCUACAUGUUCCAGCGUCAGCUGUCUCCCACGCCUGGAUACCCCAGCCAGUACCAGCUCUAUGCGAUGGAGAACACCCGGCAGACCAUCUUAAAUGAUUACAUCACUUCCCAGCAGAUGCAGGUCAACCUGCGUCCUGACCUUGCCCGGGGGCUCUCUCCCCGGGAGCAAACACUGGCGAUUCCCUAUCCAGGUGCAAGAGGAAUAAUUGAUCUGAACAGCAUGGCUCCCACUAUCUUAGUACCUCACCCUGGAGGAACAAGCACUCCCCCUAUGGAGAGAAUCACGUACAUCCCCGGAACGCCACAGCUUGCCUUCCCCCGACCCUACAACCCCCCCUCCAUGUCCCCAGGGCACCCUUCACACUUGGCAGCAUCUGCAGCCGCAAAUGCCGAGAGAGAACGAGAGCGGGAGAGGGAGAAGGAACGGGAGCGAGAGAGAGAACGGGAGAGGGAGCGGGAGAGAGAACGGGAACGCGAGCGGGAGAGAAUAGCAGCAGUCCCUUCCGAGCUUUACCUUCGUCCAGGCACCGAGCAGCCAGGGAGACCCGGAAGCCACGGGUAUGUCCGCUCACCCUCCCCUUCGGUCAGGAGCCAAGAGAAUAUCUUGCAGCAGAGGCCCAGCAUUUUCCAGGGAUCCAACGGAACGAGCGUGAUCACCCCUCUGGAUCCGCGCAUCAUGCAGCUGCCUCCCGGCGCCCCCUCCAUAACUCAGGGAUUGCCCGCUUCACGCUUCAACACGGCUGCCGACGCCUUGGCCGCUCUGGUGGACGCGGCUGCCUCCGCCCCCCAGAUGGAAGUGGCCAAGUCGAAGGAGAGCAAGCACGACGGCGGCCGGAUCGAAGAGAACCCGGGCCGCCGGUCGGCGGUGGUGAGCGAACAGCAGCAGAUGGAGCAGAAGGUGCUGGAGGCGGAGAAGAGGGGACCUCCGGGCCCGUACACGUCGUCGUCGUCUGCCUUUUCUGCCAGCAAGCCUCAGAGCCAGUCGUCUUCGGCCAUCUACUCAGAAGCCGGGAAGGACAAAGGCCCCCCCUCCAUAUCCAAGUACGAGGAGGAGCUGCGCACCCGCGGGAAGACCACCAUCACAGCUGCCAACUUCAUCGACGUGAUCAUCACCCGGCAGAUCGCCUCCGACAAGGAUGCCCGGGACCGCGGCUCGCAGAGCUCGGACUCUUCCAGCAGCCUCUCCUCCUCACACCGAUAUGAACCACCCAGAGAUGCCAUCGAGGUGAUCAGCCCCGCAAACUCACCGAUCCCUCCCCAAGAAAAGAUGCCACCUUAUCAGCAGGAGGCCCCCAAAAUGGCCCAGACAGAAAGAGACUGCAGCCGUCAGUACGAGGGGCCAGUUCACUCCUACAGGCCACAGCAAGAUUCACCGUCACCGCAGCCACCCCCUUCCUCCCAGGCAGAAGGGAUGGGACCCGUGCCACGCACCCACCGCCUGAUCACUCUGGCCGAUCACAUCUGUCAAAUCAUCACACAGGAUUUUGCUCGAAGCCAGGCCUCUACGCAGCCGUCUCUCCAGCCUCCCACUAGCACAUUCCAGACUUCUGCUCCCACUAACGUCACCACAUCGAACCGGGUGAAGACCUCUAACCGCUACAGCCCCGAAGCGCAGACGCAGCCUGGCCCCCAUCAGCGCCCAGGAGCCCGAGUGUCUCCCGAAAACCUCUCUGACAAAGGGAGGGGAAGGCUUGGGAAGUCCCCCGAGAGAAGCCACCUUUCCUCAGAGCCUUAUGAGCCGAUCUCACCGCCCCAGGCCCCGGCCACGCACGAGAAGCAAGACGCCCUCUUGUUGCUCUCACAAAGAUCUGAGCCUUCGGAACAGAGGACGGACUCUCGCUCUCCAGGGAGCAUCAGCUACCUGCCUUCGUUUUUCACCAAGCUCGAGAGCACCUCGCCGAUGGUGAAGUCCAAGAAACAGGAGAUAUUUCGUAAGUUGAACUCCACUGGUGGAGGCGACUCUGAGAUGGCUGCUGCUCAGCCGGGGACAGAAAUCUUUAACCUGCCAGCGGUCACUACCUCAGGUCCAGUCAGUGCUAGAGGUCAUUCCUUUGCAGAUCCCGCCAGCAACCUGGGCCUGGAGGACAUCAUCCGCAAGGCGCUGAUGGGCAACUUCGACGACAAAGGGGAGGACCACAACAUCGUCCUGGCUCAGCCCAUGGGGCUGGCAUCUGGCGGCUCUAGCUCGGCUCUGCCCGCAAACAGCGAAACCCGGAGGGAAGAUAUUAACCCAUCACCCAAUCCGGGAGGAGGAGGAGUCAGCAAGCAGAAGCUGAUGGGCAAAUCCGGGAGCCGGAAGUCUAAGUCGCCCAUCCCCGGGCAGGGCUAUUUGGGAGCAGAGAGGCCUUCGUCUGUCUCGUCGGUGCACUCCGAGGGAGACUACCACAGGCAGACACCCGUGUGGUCGUGGGAAGACAGGCCCUCCUCGACAGGAUCUACCCAGUUCCCGUACAACCCUCUGACCAUGCGCAUGCUGAGCAGCACCCCUCCAACUUCGAUGGCCUGUGCCCCGCCGUCCGUCAGCCAGGCCGCAUCUCACCAACCCAACCGAAUAUGGGAGCGAGAGCCGGCACCUCUUUUGUCAGCACAGUACGAGACUCUUUCGGACAGCGAUGACUGACCCGGGGGCGGGGGGAGGGAGGGGACCUUUGGAAAAAGCUUGAGUCCUUUGCAGGGUUGAAAGGCUGAUGAUGAUAUUUUUUAAACGAUACGUGUCCAAAGACUUUGAAAGAGAGCGGGGUGGGGAGGAGGGGGGGUAUGCAAGAUGAAGAAGCCGCAGGGAAAAUCUGUUCCGGAGGAGCCCCCUUCGAAAAGAUUUCUCGCUGCGCCUGGAACGGUCAGCAACCCUGAAGAUUAAAUAUGUAAAGAGGUUUUUUUUAAACACAGAGGACUUAUUCCUGAGCGGCAUCUUAUUUGUAAAGAGAACCAUAACAUAAUGUCUUUAAAAAAAAGAAAAUCAUUCUUAUGUAAAUAGAGUAAUUUUCUGCAGUGGCUAUUUUUUUUCCCCUCCCCUCCCCUGGCUUUAGAGUAUCUGGUGUACUUAUGUUCAAAUCAUUGCAUAAACCUUUGUUGGGGUGGGGGGAGGUGUCAUUUUAUAUAUAUAUUUUUUAAAAAGCAUUUUCUCAAACGUAGGUUGUUCAUAAUCUUUUUAAAGGCGCAAGCCACCUAGGACGCCAGGCCCUUCACGUCGUCACUGAAAUGAAGGAGAGAUCGCGGGCAUUCGCGCUCCGACGUUCCGGGUGGGAAUCUCGGUCUUCGGCCACCCCAGGGCACUGCGCAUCCUCGGCUGGUCUCCCAAGUACCGCCGUUAGCAGUCAGUGCUGGUUAUCCCCCCCCCCUCCAAAAAAAGAUCUAAUUCUGGACACACUCCCCGCCUCCUUUUCCUUCUGUGGUUGUUCAAGAUCUUGUGGAAAAAAAUAACUUUAAAAAAAGCUGAACUCCCCCUCCUCCCAAUUCUGUACAUUUUAACUAGUCUCUGGAGUAACCAGGCUUUUUAAUGAUGUUGCCACACUGUUUAAAAAAAAAAUUCACGGGAGUUAAUUUUUUUUUCUUCAACAACACUGUGAAAAUAAUAUUGCAUGGGUGCAUAAUGGUGAAGUUCCUUCUCUCUCACGCACACAGACCACACACCCCCCCCCAACCCUCCCGUGAGCAAAACCAGCAUUCCUUGCUUGGAACACACUAAAUUGUGCCGCCCACCCCCCCCGGCCAGAAAACUUCUUGGCUAUCCCCAGUGUUUGUUUCUACGUUGUCUGCUGCUGUUUCGAAACCAAAUGUUGCGCUUCCGCACGCAGCCGCUAGAAAAUAGUCUCCUUGAACGACAAGGCUCUUGGCUGAGUGCUUAAACGUCUUCUAAUAAGAAAAAUAUAGCUCUAGUCCUGUUUGGGUUUUCUCCACCACCACCCCCCUUUCCAAUGUGUUGCUUUAUGGGAAAUGCUGUAUUUGUUGUAGUUUAUUCCCUUGCACUUACUUGAAGCCUUUUCUCAUUUUUAGUUUUAAGGUAGGAUUGCCAAUCCCCAGGUGGGGGCAGGGGAUCCCCUGGUUUGGAGGCCCUCUCCCUGCUUCAGGGUUAUCAGAAAGUGGGGGAGAGAUAUCUGCUGGGCACUCCAUUAUACCCUACAGAGACUGUUUCCCAUAGGGUAUAAUGCAUCAUUGAUCUGUGGAUAUCAGGGCCUCGGGGUGGGGGGGGGAGGUCUUUUUUUUUUUUUAGGUAGAGACACCAAGUUUUCAGCAUAGCAUCCGUUUCCUUUCCUCAGAUUUCAAAAAGAUUGGACCAGGGGGGUCCAAUUCUAUGAGCCUCAAAAGAAGGUGCCCCAUCCUUCAUUAUUUCCAAAUGGAGGGAAGGCAUUUAAAAGGUGUGCGGUCACUUUGGUGUAGUGGUUUAGUGCAGCCGGUUUGGUUUAGUGGUUAAGUGUGCGGACUCUUAUCUGGGAGAACCGGCUUUGAUUCCCCCACUCCUCCGCUUGCAGCUGCUGGAAUGGCCUUGGGUCAGCCCUAGCUCUCGCAGAAGUUGUCCUUGAAAGGGCAGCUUCUGUCAGAGCUCUCUCAGCCCCACCUGUGUCUGUUGUGGGUGGGGGGAGGUAAAGGAGAUUGUGACUGCUCUGAGACGCUGAGAUUCAGAGUAUAGGGCGGGAUAUAAAUCCAAUAUCUUCUUUAAAUGUGAUGGCCAGAACUCCCUUCAGAGUUCAGUGGUGUUUGUCACGCCCUUUCUCCAGGCUCAACCCUCAAAAGCCCCCAGAUAUUUCCUGCAUCAGACCUGGCAACCCAGUGUUGAAGCCAGUGUGCAGAUCCUGUUCCGGUACGACUCUGGACAUGGGCACCUUUCUUGUUUUUCAAAGGCCCCUCCACAAUCACUAACACAGGAUGGAGGGUGGGAAGGAAGCUUGGGUUUCACUGGUGCAUAGGAAAUGGUCUGCCCUUUGGGGGAUUUAAACGGGGAAACUGUAGGAGCACUAUUAGGGAUGAGAGAGAAACCUAAAUUAAGGAGUUGUGGAGGGGGGGAGUCAGCUUUUAAAAAUGCCCCAUUGCGGCGGGGAGAUAGCUGAGACAAGAGAGCAGCAGCGUUGUCUGGUUUUAGCACAUGACUUAUUUCACCUCAGGAAAGUUUGCCAUUGUCCUCUGGUAUCAACGACUUGUAGAUGCUUGAGGCAGGAGACAAUUUGAGGGGCUUCACAGCCCAGAAAGAAGGACGGAGCCCGCUGUUGCCAUCUGUGAAACAAAGGAAACCCCUCCACUGGUCCAAGUCUAGGAUGGCAUCAAGAGCCAGCUAGCCGGUCUUCGUUGUGACACACAGCGGUGGCUGCCACAGGUGGAGUCUUGCUGAAAGCUGAAAUGAACCGGCUGUGCUUCUAAACCUUCACUAGAGAGCCAGUUUGGUGUAGUGGUUAAGUGCACGGACUCUUAUCUGGGAGAACCGGGUUUGAUUCCCCACUCUUCCACUUGCUCCUGCGGGAAUGGCCUUGCUCUGACAGAGGUUGUCCUUGAAAGGGCAGCUGCUGUAAGAGCUCCUUCAGCCCCACCCGCCUCACAGGGUGUCUGUUGUGUGUGUGUGUGUGUGGGGGGGGAGGUAAAGGAGAUUGUUGUGACCGCUCUGAGACUCUGAGAUUCAGAGUAUAGGGCGGGAUAUAAAUCCAAUAUCAUCUUCACUUGGAUUCAGUGUUCACUUAGCACCGGUUUGGUUUUGGGGGUGCAAUUCUGAGAGGGUGGGCGGGUUAUAUAGAAUGUCCUAACUUCCUGAAGAAGCAGCCAAGUGUGUUCCCUUCCCACUCCCCCCCACCCCCCAGGAGCAGAGCUGUUGGUGGGUGGGUUGAAAUCAAGCAUCUGUAAAGUGCGAUGCUACGAUAUGUAAACAAAGAGCACCCGCAAGCUCUGUUCAUAAGCAAAUAGCAAAAGUCUUUGCAAACCUUUUGCCCAUUCCCCACCUCCUUGAUCUUAUAACUUUCAUUAGAACAGAGGGUUUUUGUUUUUUUUAAAAAAAGACAAAAAUCAGAGCCAAAGUGGAGAUCUGAGAGAUUCCAAAAGGUUUUGGGGGUUGGGGAAACGGACAUAUUUUCCAUGUCAGGAAGCAUCUGUAAAUCAUAUUAAAAAAACAAAAAACCUUUAUGCGGCUUUGUGUGUUGCUCUAAUGAAUUAAAUUCUGAUCAGUGCUUUUCUUCUUGGUAUGUUCAGUGAUUCUUAUGCACAGAGCUUUUAAUAAUUUGGAGGGGGCGGAUAGCGGGGGAAGCAACCUUGAACCCAUGCAUCUUGAAACCUCCUUAUUUUGUUCACAUCCAUGUUUUCAGUACAGUUGACUUCUUGCAAUUCAGACCAAUCCAAAUAAAAGGGGAUCAGUACUCCACAAUGA